AUGGAAAGGGAAGACGCACAGGGAAAAGAGCGAAUUCUUCUUGAUACGGGUGAAGGAGACAAGAAAAAUUAUCUUCAAAACUUGAAAAAUGUUCUGGCAGAGGAAAAGGCUUCACUAGGACAAAUUCUGAUCUCACAUUGGCAUCCAGAUCACAUUGGAGGUGCACGGGAAGUCCUGCGAGAGUUUGGUUUAAGUGAUAAAGAGUGCAAAGUAAGCAAAUAUCCAGAAAAAACUGAAGCUGACAAAGAAAGAGGCAUAUAUGGGAUUGACCUAGACUUUCUUCAAGAUGGGCAACACAUCACAACUGAGGAUGCAUCUCUAAGGACAAUCUAUACUCCAGGACAUACGGUGGACCAUGUGGUAUUUCAAUUGGAGGAAGAAAAUGCAUUAUUUUCUGGUGACUGUAUUCUGGGUGAAACCCCAGCUGUAUUUGAAGAUUAUGUGGAGUAUAUGAAAUCACUGGAGCGAAUACUUCAACUCCAGCCUUCCCGUAUUUACCCAGGUCAUGGGCCUGUGGUUGAGAAUGCUGUCAAGAGAAUCCAGACAUACAUCGAGCAUCGGCAAAUCAGGGAGCAACAGUAUUUGGAAGCAAUUAAAAGCAAGCAUGAUCAUGGGAUCACCUCUAUGGAAAUAGUGGAAGUUGUCUAUCCUGGGCUUGAUGAGGCACUGAAGACAGCUGCAGAAAAUAAUGUACUGGUGCAACUGGGGAAACUUCUAGCUGAAGGGAGAGUCCUCUGCUCAGAGGAGAGGUGGUUCUUGGUUAAUGCAUCUUUGGAUUCAUCCCGACUGUGAUUGCAAAUCAGAAUACCUGGUGCUCCUGGAAACUUGAGAAGCAAUUCCAUUAUAGCAGCAUGAAGUUUUUACUUGGAAGGUUUUUUUGAGUGUAUUUUUUUUUAAUCCACAGGUCAGUAGCACAAAUAUGCUUAAGCAUUAUUAGUUGAAUGGGAGGGUUAGGCAGAAAGUUUGCCUUGUAUAAGCUGCUCAGGUUAUUGAGGGGUAUGGGAAGAUCAAGGGAUCAAAUCACUUAUAUUUAUUUGCAUGAACUUCCUUAAUCAUUUAUUUACUUUGGCCUGGUGAGUGGUCUUGCAAUACUUUAUUUUUAUUUUUACUUUGAGUGGCAUUGUGGCAGACUCUUAACAGAAGCAUUUCUCCUUUCUGAGAGUUUAGGUACCAUUUCAAGAAAUCAGAGCCCAUUGUGAUCAGCCUCAGGCACAUACCAUAAGUGGAACACACGGGGGACAAAUUGGCAAUGGGUGCAAAAAUGCCCCUGAAGUGCUAAGAAAUGCCUGAAUGAAUGAUUCCACUCCUUGCCAGAAUGCAGCAUCUGUCAAGUGACUGAUUCUUUGCAAAAUGGUGAUCUCCUGCAUUAGGAGAAACAUGGGCCUCUUUUCUCUGAGACCUUUUUUGCUGUUGCUGGAAUAUCUAGAAUGACCUCCUAAAUCCUGACUUCUUUUCACUAAAACCAGAAUUGUCUCAUUUUAUUUUAUUUUCUCAGUAGAAAGCACCUGCUUGCCAGUGCUAACCUUAAUUUUAUGCAAAACUGAGCAAUGGGUUUAAUCACUUCUUACAGGUGCAAGAUGAAUUUGCUUGAUAUCAAGCAGUCCAUAUGGACUGGAAUAUGUACUUAUUUCUACCAUUAGUCCUACUACAGAAUGCCAAGUUCAGUAUAAGAUGAAUGCUCUUACCAGAACAAAUUUGUAGUUUUGCCAAUGAUAAUGAUGCCAGUCACC